GCGAAGCGAAUGCACAAACCAGUAGGGAUCACGGUGGACCGGACAGCGCUGCAGCGUCACCGUCGGUGCUCCGUCACCCGGGAUCACCCGCGGGGACAGAGAAUAUCAGCCCGCCUCCCUAUUAUAAUCCCGCCCCAAUCUCGUCUCCAUCUCGAUCUCGCCACCACUCCCCCAUUUCCACUCCCCUCCCGGAUCUCGCCGAUUCGCCAUGGCGGCCUCCACCAACGGCUCCUCGCCGCCGGCGCUCAAGUUCCUCAUCUACGGCCGCACCGGCUGGAUCGGGGGCCUCCUCGGCAAGCUCUGCACCGCGCAGGGCAUCCCCUUCGCCUACGGCGCCGGCCGGCUCGAGAACCGCGCCCAGCUCGAGGCCGACAUCGACGAGGUCGCGCCCACCCACGUCUUCAAUGCCGCGGGCGUCACCGGCCGCCCCAACGUCGACUGGUGCGAGACCCACCGCGUCGAGACCAUCCGCGCCAACGUCUGCGGCACGCUCACGCUCGCCGACGUCUGCCGCGCCCGGGGCCUCGUGCUCAUCAACUACGCCACGGGCUGCAUCUUCGAGUACGACGCGGGCCACCCGCUCGGCUCGGGGGUCGGGUUCAAGGAGGAGGACACCCCCAACUUCGUUGGAUCGUUCUACUCCAAAACCAAGGCCAUGGUUGAGGAACUGCUGAAAAACUACGAAAACGUGUGCACCCUUCGUGUAAGGAUGCCUAUUUCAUCUGAUCUGUCCAAUCCUCGCAAUUUCAUCACAAAGAUCACCCGGUAUGACAAGGUUGUGGAUAUCCCAAACUCAAUGACAAUAUUGGAUGAACUUCUUCCCAUCUCAAUCGAGAUGGCGAAGAGAAACCUCACCGGAAUCUGGAACUUCACUAAUCCUGGUGUGGUGAGCCACAAUGAGAUACUGGAGAUGUACAGAGAUUACAUCGACCCAAACUUCUCCUGGAAGAACUUCAACUUGGAGGAGCAAGCCAAGGUCAUAGUCGCACCGAGGAGCAACAAUGAACUUGACACUGUUAAAUUGAAGACGGAGUUCCCAGAACUUUUGUCAAUCAAGGAGUCGCUGAUCAAAAACGUGUUCAAACCAAAUCAGAAGACGUCCAAGGCUUGACCAAAUGGAGCAGUCUGCACAGAGCCUUAUGUUGAUGUUAUUUGUUCGACAUACAUUUAUAUCGCUCUCCGGUGCUAAUCCAAUAAGCAUGCAUGGUGUUUUAUUCCGUCCCUGUCCGCGUGCAGGCAUUGUUGUUGCAGGAGAUAGUUUCUCGUAGGAAGUCACACCCAUUGCCAUUAUCAGAUUGUUACACAGAACACUCUACAUGGUGUUACUAUUGUAUCCUAUGAAUACGGUGGGAGAUGGACCAAGUGAGGAGCAAGUUCCUCUGUUGUAUUGUAUCACAUAACUGGAGUAUAUCAUUUUUAUAAAGUUCAGUAGGAGAAUGCUUUGGACCCUGCAA